AUGCUGGUAGCUAAUGUGCGUGCUUUGCGGUGUUUAAGACCGCAAUACAACCGGAUAACAACGCUGCUGUACAGGUUUAAUCAUACGGAGGCGGUGUCAAUACCGCUCAAAGAGUAUAAGCGGUUAGUGAAGAUCGGCACACUCCGAGACGAUGAGUAUCAGAAAGGCAUAAUUAGCUCACUGGGCCACCUAUAUGAUUCUCUAGUUAACUAUAAACCGCCCGAAGUAAAAACUCCUAGUGCUUUGGAUCAGCUGAGUCUCAUGAACUCACUGAAAUCUAAACUCGGAUUCUUUGGUAAGGGCUCCUCCCAGGAUGUUUCUAAGAUACCAAAGGGUAUAUAUCUAUAUGGUGAUGUUGGAUGUGGUAAAACAAUGCUCAUGGAUCUAUUCUACAGUGUGCUGCCACCACACUUGACCAAGAGAAGAAUUCAUUUCCAUCAGUUCAUGCAAUAUGUUCAUAAAAGAUCUCAUGAAAUUAUUAAAGAACAAAACCUUGAUGCCUUAGGGAAGGCAAAGGGGCGCGAUCUCGACAGUAUACCAUUUCUAGCAGCGGAAAUUGCACAAACAUCUCAUGUUCUAUGUUUUGAUGAGUUUCAGGUGGCUGAUGUUGCUGAUGCAAUGAUAUUGAGAAGGCUGUUAACAGCAUUACUCUCCCCAGAAUACGGUGUUGUUCUCUUCGCUACUUCUAACAGGCCUCCUGAUGAUCUUUAUAUUAAUGGUGUUCAGAGAAAAUCAUUCAUACCAUGUAUUGAAUUGAUUAAAGAGAGGACAGAAGUGAUAUUCUUGGAUUCACCAAUUGACUAUCGUAAGAUCCCCAGACCUAUCUCUAACGUCUAUUGCUACCCUAAACACGAUGAAGAAUACUUUAGCCAUGAAUUUGAAGUUAUAAGAAAGACCCAUAUCCAAGAGUGGUACAGCUACUUUGCACAAGACUCGGACUCAAAAAAUCCUGAUGGCACCAACUUACACGGUCAACAAACUUUCAAUGACUACAAAUUGUCCAUUUGGGGUAGAGAAUUGAAUGUUCCAAAAUGUACACCCCCCAAAGUUGCACAAUUCACUUUCAAAGAGCUUUGUGGACAACCACUUGCUGCAGGUGACUAUUUGACUUUAGCAAGCAACUUCAGAUCCUUCAUUAUUACCGACAUUCCAUAUCUGACUAUUUUCGUUCGUGAUGAAAUAAGGCGUUUUAUUACAUUCUUGGAUGCUGUAUAUGACAAUGGUGGGAAGAUAGCAACUACCGGGGCAGCUGAUUUUACCUCCUUGUUUGUCGAGCCAGAUCAACUUAUUAAUGAUUAUAAGUUAAAGGAGCAAAAGAAACAAGAUGGGUUUGAAGAACAGGCUAUUGAGAAUGAUGAACUUGUGGAAAAGCAUGGCUUUUCUAAGGAGAUUGCACAGAAAUCAAAGAUAUUUGCUCUAGAUGAAGAGAGAUUUGCUUUUGCUAGAGCGCUAAGUAGAUUAUCUCACAUGAGUUCAUCUGACUGGGUAUCUAAACCAUGA